GGUGGGGGAGUGUAUGGCCUGUGCUUGCCACUGCCUUCAGCUGGGGGUUUGGGGGCUUGGCCCCGGCCUCAGGACAGGGAUGUGCUCCCAGCCCGUGCCAGGACAGUGUCUGCUGGGCCCCCCAAGCUCCCCAUCACCUGCCUCCUCCCACUGACCUCACAGACCUGCCACUCAGCACCCCCUCGUCCUGAGCCAGAGCAUCCCAGGUCGUGCCAGCCCUUCCCCACACCCUGGGCAGAAUGGGCAAGGAGAAGACCCACAUCAACAUCGUGGUCAUUGGCCAUGUGGACUCGGGCAAGUCCACCACAACAGGCCACCUCAUCUACAAAUGCGGGGGCAUCGACAAGAGGACCAUCGAGAAGUUCGAGAAGGAGGCGGCUGAGAUGGGGAAGGGCUCCUUCAAAUACGCUUGGGUGCUGGACAAGCUGAAGGCAGAGCGGGAACGCGGCAUCACCAUCGACAUCUCCCUCUGGAAGUUUGAGACCACCAAGUACUACAUCACCAUCAUCGACGCCCCGGGCCACCGUGACUUCAUCAAGAACAUGAUCACUGGCACAUCCCAGGCGGACUGCGCGGUGCUGAUCGUGGCAGCAGGAGUGGGCGAGUUUGAGGCGGGCAUCUCCAAGAAUGGGCAGACCCGUGAGCAUGCACUGCUGGCCUACACGCUGGGCGUGAAGCAGCUCAUCGUGGGUGUCAACAAGAUGGAUUCGACGGAGCCAGCCUAUAGCGAGAAACGCUACGAUGAAAUUGUCAAGGAGGUCAGCGCCUACAUCAAGAAGAUUGGCUACAACCCGGCCACCGUGCCCUUUGUGCCCAUCUCCGGCUGGCACGGUGACAACAUGCUGGAGCCUUCGCCCAACAUGCCAUGGUUCAAGGGCUGGAAGGUGGAGCGUAAGGAGGGGAACGCAAGCGGCGUGUCCCUGCUCGAGGCCCUGGACACCAUCCUGCCCCCCACACGCCCUACAGACAAGCCUCUGCGCCUGCCACUGCAGGACGUGUACAAGAUUGGCGGCAUUGGCACGGUGCCGGUGGGCCGCGUGGAGACGGGCAUCCUUCGGCCAGGCAUGGUGGUGACCUUUGCGCCAGUGAACAUCACCACUGAGGUGAAGUCAGUGGAGAUGCACCAUGAGGCACUGAGCGAGGCCCUGCCCGGUGACAACGUGGGCUUCAAUGUGAAGAAUGUGUCAGUCAAAGACAUCCGCCGUGGCAACGUGUGUGGGGACAGCAAGUCCGACCCGCCCCAGGAGGCUGCCCAGUUUACCUCCCAGGUCAUCAUCCUGAAUCACCCUGGGCAGAUCAGUGCUGGAUAUUCACCGGUUAUCGACUGCCACACUGCCCACAUCGCCUGCAAGUUUGCUGAGCUGAAGGAAAAGAUUGACCGGCGUUCUGGCAAGAAGCUGGAGGACAACCCCAAGUCCCUGAAGUCCGGUGAUGCGGCCAUCGUGGAGAUGGUCCCCGGAAAGCCCAUGUGUGUGGAGAGCUUCUCCCAGUACCCGCCCCUCGGCCGCUUCGCUGUUCGCGACAUGCGGCAGACCGUGGCGGUGGGCGUCAUCAAGAAUGUGGAGAAGAAGAGCGGCGGCGCCGGCAAGGUCACCAAGUCGGCGCAGAAGGCGCAGAAGGCCGGCAAGUGAAGCG